AUGCCGCCGGUGUCGCUGUGCUGCCGGGCCAGCCCCCGCGGUGACUCCGUGCCCGGUCGUGUCGGGGCGCCCGGAACGCGGCCCCGGGAUAUUCCAUGGUUCUGUGAUAUGCUUGCAGAGCGAACCAACCUGGCCGGGGUGCGGCACAUCCUGCUCGUGCUGUCCGGGAAGGGCGGCGUUGGGAAGAGCACCCUGUCCACCGAGCUGGCCCUGGCGCUGCGCAGCGCUGGCAAGAGGGUGGGAAUCCUGGACGUGGACCUGUGUGGCCCCAGCAUCCCCCGCAUGCUGAGGGUGCAGGACAGCGCCGUGCACCAGUGUGACAGUGGCUGGGUCCCCGUUUUCGUGGGCCAGGACAAGGCCAUCGCCCUCAUGUCCAUUGGCUUCCUGCUGGAGAGGCCAGACGACGCCGUGGUGUGGAGGGGACCCAAGAAAAACGCUUUGAUCAAACAAUUUGUCACCGAUGUGGCCUGGGGGGACCUGGACUUCCUCAUUGUGGACACACCACCAGGCACAUCUGACGAGCACAUCUCCACUGUGGAGGCCUUGAGGCCCCACCAGCUGCUUGGAGCAGUCCUGGUCACCACACCUCAGGCCGUGUCCGUGGGGGAUGUGAGGCGGGAGCUGACGUUCUGUAGGAAGGCAGGAUUGCGGAUCCUCGGAAUCGUGGAGAACAUGAGUGGCUUCGUGUGCCCCCACUGCUCUGAAUGCACAAACAUCUUUUCCAAAGGAGGAGGCGAGGAGCUGGCCAAGCAUGCCGGGGUGCCCUUCCUGGGCUGCGUCCCCCUGGACCCCCAGCUCAGCCAGAGCUUGGAAGAGGGCAAAGACUUCAUCCAAGAGUUUCCCAAGAGCUCUGCCUUCCCUGCCUUGACUCACAUUGCCCAGCAAAUCUUGGAUACAUCGCAGAGGAGCUCCUGAGGAGGCUGUGGAGCUGGACUGGUGCCAGACUGGCAGCCCCAGCAGCAGGAAGGAGAUGCAGGAGCUGUUUAACUCCAAGUGCUCACUGAGGUGUGAGAGAGGGAGGGAGGGGGAGCACAGAUUCCUGCUGCAGCUGGCAGUCCCAGAGGGAAGUAGCUGCAUCCCCUCAGACUCAAAGACACUCUGGAGCUGCAGUGUCGAGUGCUGCUCUUCCCUCAGCGUUCCCACAUGGCUCUGAUCACCUGGAUUAUGGCUCCAUGUGCUGCUGCCUUCUCCUGCUGCCCCUACCUGAUCGAUCACACAGGACUUGCUUCAGUGGCUGAGUCCUGCUGGGUGCUCCCAUGUGCAGCCAGGCCAGGCCCCCGUGCUCGGAAUUCUUGGCUCACUGGUUCCUGAUGGGCUGGUGAGGGCACAGCGUGGGCUGGGCGUGAGGAAAUGCCUUCAGGAGCUUCUGGGAGCUGCAUCCCAUCGUGCUGGAAAUGAGCCCUCAGGCCUGCCGGGUUUGUGUGACUCAGGAAUAUUUUUCAAGGUUCCAAGCAGUAAAAGCUUUUCUUAAAAUGCAAGUCUGCGACUUCUGUUUUUCCAUGGCCUCAGGCCUUGCUGUAUCUCAGUCUUGGCCCUUCAGGUGCAUCAAGGUGCUUCCUGCUUUUCCCUGGUUUCCUUGCCUGAAUUCAGCUAAAUCUCUCCUAUAACAGGAGAUCAGAAUCCAGCCUGUCCCUUGUCUUGCUGUGAGCCAGCCCUGGCAG